AAACGUCACAGCACCGUCAACCAAUAGGAAGUUUUCAACUAGGAAGUGAAUGAAAACAUACGAGGGUCCUGCUGUGUGCAGUCCAGGAAGCUGAAUUAACCAGAUUAGGCUGAUAGUUGGUGAUUAUGGCAUCCAUCAUGUACUUGAUUGUCAUCUUCAUUCUCUCUUCCAUCUAUAAAGAAUCUCUUUCAGUCAGAUUUAAGGUUUCUUCAACACAAUCAGUUGUUGCUGCAUUGGGGUCAGAUGUGGUGUUACCUUGUCGUCUGACCCCCGAGAUGAACGCAGAGAAGAUGGAAAUCCGUUGGUUUAAGCCUAUGUACCAGCCGUAUGUUCAUCUUUAUAUUAAUGGGAAAGACGAUUACUCGAUCCAAAUGCCUCAGUUUACUAACAGAACAGAACUGAUAAAAGAGAACAUCACUAGAGGAGUUUUCCCUUUGAGGAUCCGUAAUGUCACAGCUCAGGAUUCUGGGGAAUAUUAUUGUUUUGUUGAGUCCAGUGACCAUCAUGGUAGAACAAUAGUACAGCUAAAUGUUACUGCUGUUGGAAGUCUCCCUGUCAUCUUCUCCAAAACAUAUGAAAGUAAUGACACUGCCAUUUGUGAGUCCUAUGGCUGGCUUCCAGAAGCUUCCCUCAUAUGGACUGAUAACCUGGGGAACCAAGUCAUCCCAUCAAAGGAAAAAGUGUUCAAAGAUGAAAAUAGUUGUUAUUGUAUUAUGAGUAUUAUCAGUCUACCAAAUGCUUCAAAUAUCACUUGCACUGUGUCCAAUUCUGUAAAGCAGAGUCAGCAAAGCUCCAAACAGAUCCUAGAAACAGGACACCCAGAAACAUGCCGAGAUCUGUACAGUCGCUAUGUUGUGUUCUAUCCUUGUCUGGCUGUUAUUCUGCUUAGCUGUGGGUGUAUUUGCUUGUUAUUGAAGAGAUUACGAACAAAAGAUGAAGAGAUAAGAUCAAAAGAUGACGUGAUAAGAAGAAAAGAUGAAGAGAUAAGAACAAAAGAUGACGUGAUAAAACAACUCCGGGCAGCUCAGUGUGACUCAGUGAAUGGAAUAUCUGCUGCAGGAAUCUCCCAUUAUGGCUGGAAUUCAUCUGAUCAUGUCACUUAUGGAAAUGUUCCCUCAGUCCCAUUGAAUGGAAUAUCUUCUGCAUGACCAGGCCCAGACUGGGAUUCACAAUAGGCCCUGGCAUUCCAAGUACACAGAGGCCCAAGCAGCCCCCCACCAGCCCAAUAAAUUGUGUCUAUUGCAACUUACAGCAGCCCCUCUGGCAUUUACCAAAACCUACAGAUUACUAGUCAGGGCCUGUGCAGGACACAUUCCUAAUGACUGUAACUCAUCUGAUCAUGGGACUCAAGGGAAACAUUAGAAUUUUUUUCCCACUGUCCCUAUCUCAGAGUAAAGGGAGUUUUACAUUAGAGCUGGGCACUAAAUCAUAUCUCCCCUUUUUUAAAUAAAAUACGGACCAGUUUUCAAUGGGAAAUGGUGGGUGGGGGGGUCACAGCCUAUGGACAGAGAACCAGAUGGACUUAUCAGACCCCUCCAUUGCACCUACUCGUCCUCUUUGGGGUAAAGGGGAAUUAUCAGUUACCACCAGGGACUGAAGGAGGCAAAUGAGUCAUGAAUUUACUCUAAUCCCUGGCCAACUUGACCAACAUCUGGCCAAUAAUCAGACAGAUAUUGAUUGGGGAGAGGACAAGCCCCCACGGCCUACAUCCCACUGUUGAUGGCCAAACUAACGUAUCAGCACAACAUUGCCCAGCUCAUUGUGGACAUAUUGGGGGGGGAGAGACACUUGUUUGGCAACUCCAGCUUUACAUUCAAACCACCAGUAAGUUGAACACGCUUUCAGUAAAUACUGACCAAAACUGCACUUCCGUCUAAAUAAAUUACCCCUUUUUGGGGGUUGUGUGCCAGUCCAAAUCUACCCCUGACAUUUAACAGGGAAGAUCUGUGCCUCUGAAGUUGCCCCUAGUUGCUCCCCAUGUUCUGCAGAUCAUCACAUGGGCAUUGGAGCCUCACUAGAAGUCUAUGCAGGUUUGUAAAGUUUGUAAACUCUAUAGACAUUCAGCCUAAGUUACUUUUUUUUUGUGUAAGAGCCAAUUAUUUCUUUGUUUUCCUGUUUUGACUGCAUUUUACUUUUACACUUUCACUUACUUAUUUUGAAUCCAUUAUUUUUAAUAAUGUUGAGAUGGAAGCUUUUAAAAGUGGCUUGGCUGAUUUCUUGGAAAAUAACAAAAUCCAAACUUAUUAGGAUGUACAGUUACUAUAGGUGUGUUUAUAUGUAUGGGUAUAGAUUGGUCUGUAUAUUUACUGGGGUUCACUGGAAAGAGUUCAAAGGAGACGUAUUGCAUGAAUUAAUAUCUCCCCAGUCUUGUAGGCAAUAAUGAAUUCUAUAAUGUUUCACUCUGGCCUGAAAAUGAUCAUCAUGGCCACUAUAUUGGAGAUCUUUUAUGGUCUCUGUGUUCUGUCCUCACUACGUGUUGGACAUGGGGUCGUGUGUAGUUUUUACAUACAGCUAAACUCCUUCCUUCAUUAAUCCACCAGACCAGAUUAGAGAGCUUCAAUUUUAUUAACAAGGGGAAGUUGUGAAACUGGGAAAAAUAGAAAAAAUGACAGUACUUCGUAUACAACAUAUACCAUGACAAGGUACAUUAAAACACUGUGAAUCGUACACUGAACCAUAUGUAAAUAUUAGGGAUGCACCGAAUCCACUAUUUGGAAUUCAGCCAAAUCCCGAAUCCUAAUUUACAUAUGCAAAUUAUGGUUGGGAAAGGAAAAAGUGGGAGAUUACUUGACGAAAAGUCAUCCGAUUUCCCUCCCGCCCCUUAUUUGCAUAUGCGGAUUUGGUUCUGGCAGGAACAAGAGUUCAGCCGAAUCCGAAUCCUGCUGAAAAAGCCGAAUCGUGGCUGAAUCAGUCAGUGAUACGGAGGGGCAGGGGAAAUCUUGCGUGAAGCAGGGUGCAAGACUGCCUGUUUUUCAGACUUUUGAAAAAUGGUCAGGCAAUUUGGAACAGAGGGGGCGGGACUAGCGGGGGUUUUUGCAGAAAAUUUAAAAAAAAAUCAACCCACAACAUUAUUACCUUUUUAAGCACAUUCCUUCUAUAUUUAAUAUAUUUUAUAUUUACUAAUAUGUAAUAUAUUGAAUUGGCAUAUUCUUGGCUUUUUACACAAUAUGUCUCCUUUGAACUUGAUGAACUCUUGAACAAAGUGAACUUUGCUACAACUACAACUACAAGUGCUACAAGUAUGUAUGAAACUGUUCUAAAUCCAUCACGAAAGGCACAGAGUUGGGCACAAUUAUGCAGCCAAUACCUGCCAUGUAUAAAAGCUUUAAAUGAUUCUGAGUAGUACUUGGAAUUGUCCCUGAGGCAUUGAGUAUGUGUAAAGCUGUUAACGAUUGCAUUACAGAUGGAUACAAGUAUUGAAGGUGUGUGUGUGCGUAUGGAUAUGUUUCUUAGUGCUCUUUUUGUUAUAGAGAAUAUAUGAAUGUGUGAGUAUUUUGUAUAUAUUAGAUUUUAUAUUUACGGAAAGCAUUACACAGAAUAAAGUGUAAUUUCUUAAAAGAA